UUCGAUGGUUGGCAUUGGUUAGCUUGAAUGUUGUUUUGGCGCGGAAAUUCUCCCACUACGCACGUAUAUGAAAACGUCUAUGCUGUACUCUCGUUCCAUAGCAGUUCAGAACGUUUUGUACUGUGCUUGUUUGGUAUCAUUUCGCUAGUGUUCACUCAGUGUUUUCAUCAGUAUCUCUGAAACAAAUAUCUGCUAAAAUGGCUGACAAACCAAAACGCCCGCUCUCCGCUUACAUGCUGUGGUUGAACCAAGCUCGUGAACAAAUCAAGGCAGACAACCCUGGAAUCAAAGUGACAGAAAUUGCAAAGAAGGGUGGUGAAUUAUGGAGGGGCAUGAAGGACAAGUCUGAGUGGGAAGCAAAGGCUGCCAAGGCCAAGGCUGAGUACACAAAGGCUGUCGAGGAAUUUGAAGCCAAUGGUGGAUCAGGUGAUGCCCCCAAAAAGAAGGCAGCAAAGCGAGGAAAGAAGGCACCCAAGAAAGCAGCGGGCAAAAAGAAGAAGGCCGACUCAGAGGACGAAGAAUCAGAAGAAGAAGAAAGCGAUUGAUCUCAUAAAUUAGUUUAAUCACAACACUAAUAAUCAUUUAUUCACUAAUUUAUUGUAAUGAAUGGGGCCUUACAGCGCUA